ACAGUAUCAAGCUCAUCUUGUUUCCAUUUUCACUUGGAGAAAAGGCAAGCAAAUGGGAGAGAGCAUUACCAUCCCACUUGGUAAAUUCUUGGUAUGAUUGCAAGAUGAUCUUCCUCCAAAGGUUUUAUCCCAUACAAAGGACUAUCCAAGCUAGGAAAGACAUCUUGGGCUUCAAACAAAGAAUCCAUGAGACCUUUGAUGAAGCAUGGGAGAGACUUAAAGGCUACACUAGAGAUUGUCCCCAUCAUGGGUUCCAACAAGAAGCUAUUCUUAGUAUCUUCUAUUGGGGAGUUGAUAGAGAGCAUAAAUGGACAUUGGAUGCAGCUAGCAAUGGGCGUUUUGCGACUCUUACCAUAGAACAAGGAGAGUUACUUGUUGAGAAUUUGGCCAAGAGCAAUGAAAGAUACAAAGAGCUUGAUACUGAAUAUUGUCAAGAUGGUAAAACUGAGGUGGAGCUUCGUUUUCAGCAAGAGUCUGUUCCACAAGAGCAAGCUGCUUCAAAGACUCAAGAAAUGGAGCUGAACAGCAUGUUCCAACAACUUCUGAAGGGACAAGAUGAGCUCACAACAAGAGUAAAGCGUUCAUACAAUGAUCUCCACAACAAAAUAGAGAGUUUAACCUCUCAAGUGAAUCACAUGGAGAGCAAAGAUCAUGAAGCUGCUGUAAAGGAGAUAGAACGUGUACUCUUUUGUCCACAAGAAGACAUUGCUCUUAGAGGUCUUUCUUCACAAGACAAUGAGGACAUUGAGCAACUCAGUGGAGAGGUGACCCUUGGAACUGAAGUUUUCGCUAUAAAAGACAUCCAUGGAGCUUCUAGAGACAAAGUUCAGAUUACUGCUGAAGAAAAGGCCGAACAACAGCUUCAGAAAGAAGAAAAAGCUAUUGAACCGCCAGCUUAUGUGUCUGUAAGUCUCUGUGAUGAGUUUCAAAACUUUGAGAUGACGUAUGUGGGGACUUGUGGAAUGAAAGAGAAGGAUCAGCCGUUUGCUGCUUGUGAGAAAAAGAAAGAACACCAAAGAGAGCUUGAUCUUGAGUUCAUUGAUGGUGAGAAGUUCUUUAGUGAUGAUGAGGAUUGCUUGGAAUCUCCACCUCCUACACCAGGUGAGAAAGAGAUCAGCAGCAACAAAAGCAAUGGUUCAGAGUCCCAAGACAAGCGCCCAACAAGCAUUAAACCAUUCACUCUUGGGUCUUCUUCUUCUCAAGUCUUAGCUCUCACUCCAUGGAAGUUUGAUGGUGGAGCUGUGGAAUACAAAGUUAAAGGCAAUGUGAGAUCAAGACCAUUUGCCAAAGUCAGAGCUAUCCUCACACAAGAACUCAUAGACAAGGGAUCUGGUGGUGUCCAAGAGCUGAUGAACAAGGACCUCAUGCUUGAAUUCAUGGACAUGACAAGGAGCAUCAAAGCUCCUCCUCUCCCUCAUUAAGAAAGGUUUUACAAAGUCAAACUUAGUGACUUUAAACAAAGUGCUCUUGGGAGACACCCCAAGCUUAUCCUUGUAUAUAGUCUUUUUAAUCUUUUCUUUAGUAUUUUCAGAACGUUUUGAUGGGUUUGCUAAGUGAUCUCAGAUUCUAGAAAGCGUUCUUGCUCAAUGGUUUGAAGGAACAAGUGCAGAGAGGAGCUUAAAGGUGGCGGCCUUAUGAUUCAAAGGAGCAGUGAACCCGACACCUCGGCCAAGCACCUCGAGAUGAUCAUUACCGAGGUCUCAUGUUUGAUCUUCACGGAAUAAAGUGCUGUGAGAAGCCUUGGAGAGCCAAAGCCGAGGUGUUCUUGAGCUAAUACCGAGGUGCCCUUGCCACUUACACAGAAACUUGUCCACCUCGGUAUAGAAGCCUCGGCAUGGCUAGGCAGAGGGGUCCCUGAACGAGCAUGAACAAAAAGGGACGCUUGAGAGACUUGAGUCCAAGCAGAGGGUUCAAAGCACCAGCAUCCUCCUCCAUGUCCAAUGCCUCCAUUCUAUCAUGAACAAGUCUGGGUAUGUUUGCAGCAAGAGACCAUCUAGGUAUAGCAGCCAAAAAUCUAUGGAGUCAUCACUCGGCUUCUAGCGG